CCGGACUCUAAACUGACUUGACCACAAAGCUUAUUUCCACGGUCUUGUGACGUGGCCGUGCGUUACAUAAGCUCGAACACAAUAGUUGAGUGUACGAUGCCGCUACUGGCACUGCUCAACUACUAUAUAAAGCCACUCUUGUCGCCCAGUGACUGUUUUAUGAAUGACUUCUUUUCCCACAACCAAGCCACCACUGCAGAUUCUUAUCAAGUCCCCGCAUCAUGGACACAGCUUCUUCUCCAUCGGAUUCACCCCCGACCUACUCCUCGCUGGGACCAUCCGAGUCAGACGCAGCCAUCAUCGAGAAAGAGUGGACUCGCUUUUGCCCCAAGGACAAGUAUGAACAAUGGAAGAAGAAACCGAAUUUGAUCUUUGAAUUCAACUCACCCGACUUGAUGAGAGACCCUCACCACGGAUGGCGUGCACAGCUUCUUGUGCAUGACGCUAAUAUCCCCAAACUAAUGAGGAAAGGCUUCAGUUUGACGUCGGCCCAUUUCAGCCACGCCGAGUCGUCUAUCAGUCUCAAGUCACGGCUGAGCAUUGCUCUAUCCUUAAGUUUGUGUCAUGCGCGCAUCUUUUUCUUUCGUCGACCAGCUUCCGAGCUGGGUUGCUAUGGUAAAGUCAUUGUGUGGUCGCGCAGUCGCUCCACGAUUGUGAACUUUGACCUGAAAGGGCUCCGUCGUGACACGGUCACAAAAGUAGACGGGUGGAAUGUGCGCAAUGCCAAAGUGUAUCAGUUCAGGUCUGAUCCGAAAGCGUGUUUCAAUGCUAUAUAUGCCCAGAUGCCGUUGGAGGGGUGGUGGCCUUGGCCGAAGGCUCCAAGUACUCGAGUCGCUGUUAGGUCGGGAGAGCAACAGUUGAAGACGACCGACAAUCAAGAUAAUCACUGAGCUCGACGAGAAAGACGAUCCUUAACGCCCAAGAGAAUCAUCAGAGGUACC